AUGGGAAAUUCAGGCACAGUAGCACCCUUGAUUGAGGAAUUCAGGCACAGUGGCAGCCCUGAAUGGGAAAUUCAGGCACAGUGGCAGCCCUGUUUGGGAAAUUCAGGCACAGUGGCAGUCCUGAUUGGGGAAUUCAGCUACCAUAUCCCCAGAAUCCUCUCUGUUUGCAUUUUGAUGUUCGGCAUAUCCGGAUUGCUAACCAGUCUGCCAAACUUCCUCACGUCCAAUGGCAACGUAGCAACGCCUAGAAACGGCAGCGUCGCGCAGGCGCAAAAUCGCCUAUGCCUGUUGGAGAGGCAUGACAACACGACAUUUACAGAAAAAUGUGCGCUGGAAUCGGCCAGUGAGAUGUCACGUGAUCGAGACAGCCAAUGGGUGGUGAUCUUCAUCUCGUGCAUGAUGCUUAUACAGGGUGUUGCCAAGGCUCCGCGCUCCGCGUUAAGCAGUCUCUACAAUUGA